UCUCCCCGCCCCAGCAUCCCGAUUCCCUCGGCGGAGGGGGAAGGGUGUGACACCGGAACCCCCCCCCCCCGGAACCUUCCUCCCCGGCUCCGCGCGGCAGCUGGGUUCGCUUUGAGUGUGACACGGCCCGGCCCGGCGACAUGGCGGCGCCCGGCCGGUGCUGCCUGCGGAGACUUCUGGCUCAGUUUCCCAGGAUUGAUCAACGUACCUCAGUAGUUCCCUGCCUUGGAAACAUACAGCUAUCCAUUAGACCCUAUGCUGCUGCAAAAACUGCAAAAAAAGGUUCAAAGGAUGCCAAGCAGAAAACUUCGGAAGCAGAGCCAGCAAAAAAAAAGAACACUUACAGACUAAAGUUAGCAAGCAAGCCUGUGGAUGAUGUGUAUUUAACAUGGUUGUAUGAAAGGCCAAUCUAUGAGGCAGAGGUGGCUGUGGACAUGCUGAAGAAGUUUCAGCAGUUGGACUUCACUUACCCAAAACAACAUGUAUAUGCUAACCUCACCCUGGAUAUGAUGCUAGAGAAGAAGAAAAAAGUGGAUCAGUUUGUCAGCACCAUUCUUCUGCCAUAUCCUUUUGCAAACAAAAUCAAUAAAGUUUUGGUAUUCACAGAGAAUGCAGAAGAAAUUAAAAUAGCAAAAGAAAAUGGAGCUGCUUUUGUGGGAGGGACUGAAUUAAUCCAAAAGAUUUUGGAUGACGAAAUCAAUGCAGAUUUUUACAUAGCCGUUCCUGAAAUAAUAGCGAAGUUGCUACCUUUAAAAAACAAACUAAGAAAAAAGUUUCCAAAGACUAACAGAAAUUCUCUGGGACGUGACAUUCCAAAAAUGCUGGAACUCUUUAAAGCGGGCCAUGAGUAUGUGGUAGAAGAGGAGAACCUUAUCGAGACAAGAAUAGCAAUGUUGGAUAUGCCUAAUGAGCAGAUAGUUGCCAAUCUGGAUGCAAUUAUUAAGGAUGUCUGUACAUACAAGCCAUUGAGCUAUGGCCCAUUUGUGCAGCGCUUGAUUAUUCGAAGUUCAACCAGUGAAGGUUUACAACUAAAUCUAAAGUGUUUUCUUCCUCAAGUGGAGGAAGUGGACAAAGAAGAUGUUAAAGAAGCAGAAGCUCCAGUGUAGCCUGCCAGUGUAUUAUACUGCAAAUUCUCGUAGCAUUUUCUGUUCAAGAAUCCCCAGGAGUAUUUAAAAAUGUGUUUUCCUAUUAAUUUGUUUGUUUACUCUCAGAACUUGGUUGUGUUGCCCUCAUCUCAUCUUUUUUUAAAAAGUUAAUAAAUGUCAUGUUUCAGAUUUCAUUUUUAAUUCCUGCAGUAUCAAAGGUAUCUUUAGACUUUGAGCCACUUCGUUUCCUCCAUGUGCAGGUGAAAGCUUUCAUCAAGUUAACUUUGUUACACAUUGUAUUGUAAUUUAACUAAAACUUACUUUAUUAUAAAUUCCCAUCAUUAUUGUAUAACCUUCCAGGACAAUAGUCUCUUAAUUAUGCAUGCUUAAUUCUUCAUUAGUACUAUUGGGAAUGAUGGUCCCAGUCCUUCAAGGUGCUGAGUAUGCUCUAUUCCAGUUGAAACCAAUGGUAAUAGAGUACUUGGCACUUUGCAGGAUUGGGUCCUGUGUAUGCUUUAAUGCACGGUACUUGAAUUAGUUCAUUUUAUUGGAGAUAGAUGUAGGUUUACUAGACAAAAAUGGGUCACAUUCCACUUUCUGUAACACCAGUAUAAAAAUGGAAUAACUCCACUGCAGCCAGUUGGUGUUACUCCUGAAAUUUGCUGGAAAUAUCAUUCUGCUCUGCAUAUGGGGGGAGGGGAUUGCCAAGGAGGUAUAAGCUUUUUUUUGCACUUCUGUGAUACAUGGGCCUUUGAAUGAAGGAUAGCCCCUGGGAUAAGAGGUACUUAUCUGUUGUUAAGAUGAAGAUAUUCUGUUAAAGGAAGAGAGAGAGAGAGAUCAUAUAAAUAUCUUGUUUUUUCAGUUCUAAAACUGUUAACGACUGGAGCUUGGGUUCUAGGACUCUGCGAGGUGGCAGGAUACCAGAUCUGUAGCCUGAGCCAGAACAUCUACUCUGCAGUUAGACAGCCCCUUAGCCUGAGGCCUGUGAGCCUAAUUUAACUGGCAUGGGCCAGCCGCAGAUGUCUAAUUGCAGUGUAGACAUACCCUGAGAAGCUUUCUUCCCCGCCCGCAAACCUCCCCCCCCCGCCCAUCUUCCCCCUGCAUGGGAGGCUGGGCACAGUGAAGUCUGUGGUGAAGUGCUGUGAGAUCAUCUGUUUGCUUGCAGGGAUUUCCUUGCAUAAGAAUGACAAUAGGUAGCAUUCUUGCAUAGAUUUCCCAUGCAGACUCUGUAACAGCCCUGGGGUUGUAGGACAUGUGUGAGUAGGGAGUGAGUAGUAUCUGGGAGCUGUAUUGCUAUGGGCAUAGUGAUGGGUCAGACCUGCCUAUGUGCACUACAGUUUGUAGAAUUUACCUGAGUACUUCAGGACAUCUGUGCAUCUGGCAGCCCAGAGCCCCCUGACAGAACAAUGUAAAGGAAACUCAGUGACUUUCCUGUCUCUUCUGCAUGCUUUACCUGCAUGACCCUUCAAUUCUUGGCCAACAAAAAUGCUUAUUAGAGUUGGCUGAAAGGUGUUUAAUUGAGAGAUGGCUUUUUUUAUGUGAAAAAUAUGUAAAAAGAAAUUGAUCUACUAUAAGUAAAUGAAAAAUUGAUAGUUUUUGAUUGAUUACAAAAACUCAAAAAUUGGGACUGGUUUCAAACCCCUUAAAUUGCAAACAACUUUGGAAUUUUUUGCAGAAUUAGUGUUUAACUUUUUUGACCAGCUGUAGGAUUAUGCAAUCAGCUGAAUCAAUAACACUGAAAGCUUUUGGCACCAACUAGCAGUUACUAUUAAUCAUUGUAAUUAAAAAAUUGACCAUUAUAUUUACCUCAGAGUUGAUGUGAUUAAUAUGGUACAUGUGGGCUGUAACUGUCUUUUUUUUCUCCCCAACAUACUGUUUGAGUAAAAGCUUUGAUUCUGUAGCAUAAAAACAUGAAAUUUUAACUAGUUGUCCAAAAAUAAUUUUAUUCCACUUUACUGUGUGUAAAAACAAACAAAAACCACUCUACCAAAGCAUUAUCAAUUCACUGAUCAUAACCAGUAGGUGGCAUUCAUCUUCUGUGCAGAACAGUUCAACUUAAUUUGUCAUUCUGUGUUUUCUCAAGUCAUCAAAGCACAGAUCAAGAAAACUGAGACCAAGAACUUUACAUGAUUCAGAAUGGAAACUGGAUAUUUAUAUGAAUAUCCAGAAAUCUAGAGUUAUCAAUGACAAAAAUAUUAAACCUUGUGGUCCAUGGUCUAAAACAAUCUCUCAAUACUAGCGAUCAGGAUGAGGCCUAAUGUAGGAGGCAGAUAAUCCCUCAUCCUUCUUCUGAAGUAUCCAACUACUGUCAGAGACACGAUGCUGGUCCAUAUGGACCUUGCCACCUGAUCCAUUGACCCCUCAAAUCAAAGGGAGUCCUUCUAUUAACUCUCUUUCAGGUAGGAGGUGAAUAAAUAUUGUCUUUGUUUGGAGAUAAAAUCCAGUGAGACUUUAUUGCAUGUUACUUUCCCUCAAGUAAUCUUUUUUGCCACCAAAAAUUUUACCAAGAUACGAAUAUUAAAAGCUGGGUUAAUUUUAUGUUCAUGAAAGUGAGUGGCUGACAUUACUAGCAAAAAUAGUGUCCAAUUAUGUGAUGUGUUUGAAGAUAUAGACUCUCAUCUACUAGGCUGAAACAACCAACUUACUUUAAAUGUUGACUAAACUAGGAGUUCGACCAAAUUCCAGAGAGCUGACAAACUAAUCCACUGUAUCACCUGUCCUUAUAUAAAUGUCUGUAUUCUAGUUUAAAAUAGUGGAAAUAUAGAUAUUAAUUAAAACAAUCUGUACAUUUCAUAGA